CUGGUGCUACUAGUAGAGCAUACACACGCACGACACACCGCUCCUGCCAUUACAAACCACCCACCAUUUUCGUACACCACGCGGGAUCAGGGCACCCAGUCCAGCCUUCCGCGGCUCCACGGAACCAAGAAGCCCGAGAGCAGCCAUGGCCGGCGCGUCCGCCACCAGCACCCGCAAGGGCGGCAUCAAGGCCUACUGGAAGCACCGCGGGUACGACCGCCUGGACGCGGCCGCCGCGCAGCGCCGCCCGGCCCUCGCCACGGCCGAGCUCGGCGCCGGAGGCAAGGCACCGGCGACCGCGGGCCGUCGGCGCGGGUGGCGCGUGCGGCGCCGCGGCCUCGGGCGGCGCCUCCUGCGCGCGCUCUCGCCGCGGCGGCUGCUGACGCGGCUCCGGGAUGCGUACGUCAACGCGAUGCUCCGGCUCGCGUCCUCCGCCGCCGUGGGCUACGGCUCCGCCCCGUUCUGUGCCGCCAGCGAGCCCUUCGCGCGGCCGCGGCCGCUCAAGGAGUACGACGAGAAGGUGCUGGUGGAGAUGUACCGGUCCAUCCUGGCCCGCGGCGGCGUCAUCCCUCUCUCCGGCGACGCCUCGCUGGUGGUGGGCCCCGCCCCGAUGGCGAUGCCGGCCGCGGCCACGGUGGCCUGACCGCCCACACCGGUCGACUGGCGCGGCGCGGACGCAAGCUUGUCACGCCAUUUGCCCCUUCGUUUCGCCGCGCAGAACUCGUGAACUGCACUAGUGCCAUCUAGCGUGUAUGUUGGGAUUUCUGUGGUACUACGUCUUGCUGCAAUUUGCAAAAUGAUCUACCUACAGUAUUGGUAUUGCAGUAUUGCUCAAGUGAUCUUCCGUUUCUUCUUCCUCUUACGCAUUUUAAUCAGUAAAACUGGCGCGGAAGCCUCGGAAGCUGGCUGUGCUGUCGGCGAUUGUUUACUGGA